GCAAAAUGUGAGAGCUGUCUGUGAUACACAGCAGUAUCACUUUUCCAAGUGUUUCGCAGAUGGGUAUUGUCAGCUGGUAACAGCCUAACAAACUGCAAAACAAUGAAAGAACAGAAAUAAUGAACUUCAGAUUUGGGCAAAGUCAGAAAUGAGGGAGAAGGCCAAAGACAGGGCUAUGUGUGGACUACAGAGUUUUUCACCCUGCACAAGAGCAUUCCUGCAUCUCCUUAGUGGCUUUCUUUUGUUGCUGCUCCAGAAGGAGGUUCUUGGCUGUCCAACUCUUUGCCAGCUCUGCACAGGGAGGCAAGUUACCUGUCGUAACUUGGGUCUUUCAAGCAUCCCUCGGAACUUCCCUAAAACUACAAUUCUUGUAUACUUCAGUGGGAAUAAUAUAUCUCAUGUCAUUCCAAAUGAAUUAACAGGUCUUCAGAAACUUGCUGCACUUUACAUGGAUAAUUCCAGUAUUUCAUAUGUACACCCAAAAGCUUUUGUGGAUCUUCCUAAACUUUGCUACUUGCAUCUAAAUAACAAUAAUAUUAAACGCCUGGAUCCAGGAACUUUUGAAGGUCUUUCCAAUCUUCAUUAUUUAUACCUUCAGAAUAAUCAAAUAGCUUUUGUUUCCCGAGGAUUAUUUAGUGAUCUUCUUUCUGUUAGAUAUUUAACACUUCAAAGAAAUCGUCUCAGUGUCCUUGGAAGUGGAACUUUCUUGGGAAUGAGAAAUCUUCAAACACUUAACCUAGCCAAUAAUAAGAUUUCACGGAUAUCAGAUGCAGCGUUUUGUCAUCUUGAAAACCUUGUGUGCUUGUUCCUUGAAGGUAACAACUUAACACUUGUGCCAUCAAAUGCCAUUGGAAUGCUCAGAAAUCUUGAAAGACUUUCUUUAUCUCACAAUCCUAUUAGAUCAAUACAGCGUUUUGCAUUUAAAGGACUUAACAAGCUUAGAUAUCUGUCUUUAAAAAGUGUAAAGCUACAACAUAUUGCUGUAAACGGAUUUUUUGGAUUAAGCAACCUUAGUCAGUUAAUCUUAAGUUAUAAUGAUUUAAAAAAUAUAAAUUCCAGCACUUUUACUUCUUUGAAUAGUUUAAAGUAUCUGCAGUUGGACCGAAAUAAAAUAACAAGUAUUGGUGACAGUGUCUUUGAGAAAAUGGGGCAGUCACUUAAAAUUCUCAAUUUAGCUUUUAAUAGUAUUACAGAAUUGCAACCUAAAGUGCUUAAACCCUUAGUGUCUUUAACUCAUCUACACAUAAAUUAUAAUCCUUGGAACUGUAGUUGCAAAAUGCUUGGGUUACUUAAGUGGCUGGCAUCAUCUCGCAUUUCUGUUAAAAUUCUUUGUCAGAAUCCACUCAGCAUGCGUGGCAGACCGUUGCAUUACAUCAAGUGGACUCUAUUUGCAAACUGCAGUAGCCUCACUGCCAGCCCAGAAGCAGCCUGGAAUCUAGAAUCCGCAGAUACCCAUCUCAGCCCUACCACUUUGCUGAUGGCAUGGCAUAAGGGAAACAGUCGCAUUCCAUUUGAGCAGUUUAUUAAGGCUGAUACGAAAUAUAUUGCUCUCUGGGAAGGAACUGCAGUUACAUCUGCUAGCCCUUUGCCUUAUGGAGAAAACACUGCUUCUGAAACUCCUUCACAGGCACCUACAAUACUAUCAGUUUUACCAGUACAAAUACCAGCACAGAUUAUACCUGUUACCAGAACCAUAGAAGUACAAAGUUUGUUUCCAACAGAUGCUGCUCCUGUAUCGUUACAGACAUCUGUACUUUGUACACAACAGGUUGAAAAGCUCAAUCAGGCCUUUGAUGUUUUGCUAGCCUUUUUCGUUCUGGCUUGUGCUGUGAUCUUGUUCCUAACCUACAAAAUCAUUCACUUUAGACAGAAACUAAAAGUGCUGGAAAACUCAGGGGAGAAGCGAAUAGAAUAUUAUGGUUUUUAUCAACCUGGCAGAUACAACAUAAAUGACGCAGUGCAGUCUCUAACUGAAAAUUCAGCAGGAGAUUCAGAAUUGGACCAAAUUAGGCUGCUCAAGCGAACAGCAUCUGAAAGUCAGGCACAGGUCAUAUUGUUUGAACAUUCAUCACUGUAAUUUACUUCCGUUGAUGUCAAUUUUACUCCAAUCUGAAAUGUCGAGAAGUCAAGAAUUUGAUUUUCCAAAAAAAUGAGCUGAUUGAUAGAAUUGUGGAAAAUAGUGUAAUUUGAGUUUAUUUGCUUUCUCAGUGUUCUGAAGUUCAUUGAUUUUUAUUAAAUGUCAUUUAUACCUGAUACGGAUUACCUAUGUUCCUGUUGUAGGAUUCUUUCAUCUGUAGCGCAAGUAUGUGUUCACUAGAGAGAAUGUUCAUAUUAUUUAUUUUGCAGUACUUAUGGGUAUUAAGUUUCUGUAGUAAUUACAUAACUAACUUGAAAUUAAAGGCAACUAGAUCAUAAAACCAAGAAACCUGGGGAAUGAAAAGAGCAGUGCUUAAUGUAUUUAUUGCAUACACGGUUUCCUGUACUCAGUCUGUAUAACAAAUAUAUUAAAAUAUGAUUUUUAAUAGUC